AGUGUUUAGUGUAGUUAGGUCACACACCAACACGAUUCGUGCGUAGUUUUCAUUUAUUUUGCUCCGCUUUCCUUCGCUGUUUUCACACCCACGAUCCGCGAAAAAAACAUCCAGGAAUUGUGUCCAAACAUUGGCAAACAUAUUGCGUACCCCCGCGGGCAUAAAUCAACCGAUCUAGGCCAUUUUUCUUAGCCUCUACGAAGAGCGACGACGUCAGUGGGCGACGCGACUGGCGUCAGGUGAAAAACGAAAGAAAAACGGAUAAUUGGAUAUUGAAAAGUGAAAUAAAACGGGUGCAGCGAAAUUAAACGGAAUUUGCAACUGUGAAAACGCUUGAAAGCGUGGAGAGUUGCAUUUGAAAAAAGCAUGAGCACAACCGCCGCCAGUCUCAUCGAGGCGGCUCUAAAUGCCAGCAGUGGAAACGCCACGGCUACGACUGCGGGAUCGCUUGAGGCUACUGGGAAGCCCAACUUCGUGGUGCAGGUGAAGAACACUCCGAUGAGCACGCCGCUGGACCCUCUGCUCCACGUGGGCGAUGGCAUCUUCCUGCAGACAAAGACCGCCCAGGUGCUUGCUGGGGUGUGCGUCUGGGCCGCCCUCUUCAUAACCUGUCAACAGAUCUACCAGCACCUGCGCUGGUACACGAAUCCGCAGGAGCAGCGCUGGAUCGUGCGCAUCCUGUUCAUCGUGCCCAUCUAUGCCACCUACUCCUGGAUCAGUUUGCUCUUCUUCAACUCGGACAACGUUUACAUCUACUUCUUCACGGUGCGCGACUGCUACGAAGCCUUUGUCAUCUACAACUUCUUGUCGCUGUGCUAUGAGUACCUGGGCGGCGAGGGCAACAUUAUGUCGGAGAUUCGCGGCAAGCCCAUCAAGACCUCGUGUCUGUAUGGCACCUGCUGCCUGAAGGGCAAGACCUACACGAUUGGCUUCCUGCGCUUCUGCAAGCAAGCCACUCUGCAGUUUUGCCUGGUCAAGCCGCUGGUGGCUUUCAUCAUCAUCUUUCUGCAGGCAUUUGGCCACUACCACGAUGGCGAUUGGAGUGCUGAUGGCGGUUACAUCUAUAUCACGAUCAUCUACAACAUCUCCGUGUCGCUGGCGCUGUAUGGCCUCUAUCUGUUCUACUUCGCCACGCGUGAUCUGCUGACUCCCUUCGAGCCCGUGCUCAAGUUCUGCACCAUCAAGUCGGUCAUCUUCUUGUCCUUCUGGCAGGGCGUGGGUCUGGCCAUCCUGGAGAAGGCCAACGUUAUCUCGCCCAUUGUGGAUAGUGCAGGCACUGUCACCGUGGAACCCGGUACCGUGUCCGCCGGAUACCAGAACUUCUUCAUCUGCAUCGAAAUGCUGUUCGCCGCCAUCGCGCUGCGCUAUGCAUUCCCCUAUCAGGUGUACGCACGCAGUUGCAUUAGCGAUGGCCACGGACGAUCUGUCACCAUGCAGUCCAUUUCCAGCAGUCUUAAGGAAACUAUGAAUCCCAAGGAUAUUAUGACAGAUGCUAUACACAACUUCCAUCCGCAGUACCAGCAGUACACGCAGUACAGCUCAGGUGGCAAGAACUCUCGCGGCAUUCGCGUCUCCAGCUACGAUCCCGACGAUCCCAGCUCGGGAGCAGCAGGCGCAGGAGCGGGCGGCUUGCAGGCGUCGCAGCCCACCAGCGGUGGAUACAAUGCGGUGGCCACUGGACCAGGAUCGGGCGGCAACGGCGGCAGCAACUGCAUGGCCUCCAAGACGCUGGGCAACCAGCGAAAGUUCCAGCCCGGCGGCCAGCGGGUGGCGACCAUCAGCCAGAACUACAACGAGAAGACCGUGCUGCUGAGCAGCGACGACGAGUACCAGUAGAGGGGGAUGAUACCCAUGUAGCUACCCCGUAGAUGGAUGGCCCCACUUAUUGUUAACAAAAUUGAGUCUUUCGUUCGGAUGCGAUUCGAUUGGUUUCGUUCCGUUUCGUUUCGUCUAUCCAGUGUGCUGAUUCUGUCGCUUGUACAAUAAUCUUAAGUAGCCGAGCAGCUACAGAGCAUCAGAACCUAUUAGGCAAUUGCAGAUAACGUAAUGAUAUAUACCCUGUAAAGUGCGGUGUGUGGCUGGAGAAGUGUAGUCUAUAGGUGAAUUCAGUACUAUUUUAUUUGUUAACGGAUGCACUUUUGCUUUAGCCUUUUUAAUGAUUCUCCCAACAUUUAUGUAUAGAGAAUUUCGGAGGAUUAGCUAUAGAUUACACGCGUAUCCAGUGUGCAUCACCCGAAGACGACUUAAUCUGCGCAAAGGUAUUUUGUAAUUUUACACCGCAUAUGUAAUUUGAUUCGCUUCGAUUCCAUUUAUCUUGUGUAAAUUUGUCUGACAAUUUACAAUUCAAUUGUAAAGCGAACCAAAAAUAAACAAACUGAACAGAAGAAAUCAAAAAUAGCGAAAACCGAACUGCAAAUGCACUUCUUGCGUCUCACGAACCGUCUACAGGCUGCUUCUACAAUAAAUUGGCGGAAAAGCUGAGGAAAAUCUACAUAGAAAUAUAUUUAUAAGCCAAGGCUAAUUUUUAAUGCAUACUUAACACAAUACAUAUAGCCUAUAAACCUAUAGCGAAUUCGUUAGUUGAAUGAAUGAGAUCAGAUAAUACGACCCAGUAAUACGACUAUUUCCGGGCUCGAAAUGUAUAAAUGAAUUUUACACCCUGUACAGACAAAACAGACAAAAAGGCAAAAACGAAGUGUUCCACAGCAUUGGCCACCACCCGAAAUCAGUCGAGAACGGUAUUUUGAUAACUAGCCAGGCUUCCCAUCAAAUUACGUGUGUGUGUGUGUGUCUGGACCAGCCGAGUGACCGGAACCGGAAACGGAAACCGAGCAUGAGAGGUGUGAGAGGCGUAGGAAAAGUCAAAUUAUGUGUAAUUAUCGGGGGCAAAGUGAAGGAAAAGCGAGGCAGCAACGUUUUUAUGUACAUUUUUUCGUUAAUAAUAUGAAAUGAGAAUAAAGUAAAUGUCAUAAAGUA